AUGAACUGGGAAGGGAAAUUACAACUGUUCAAUUAUUUUGUUUGUUUGUUUUGGUCUAUUCCAGAUGAUGCUCUUUCCAAGUUCAACAUUGACUUUGUUGUAGCUCUGCUGAGGCAAGAAAAUGCUAAAGACAUUUGUGUCAUCCAGGUACCUCCAGAAAUAAAAUACUGCAAUUAUUUUAUAAUUGUGAGUGGAUCGUCAACACGACAUCUCCACGCAAUGGCACAUUACAUACUGAAAAUGGAGAAGAUAAGCUGGGCAUCUCCAUUCCUGCAUCCUUAACUAGCCGAUGUAAAACAACAGCUAAAUCUACUUGAAAGGAAACGGAACUUGGUGAUACAGGCAAUCAUGGGGAACCCAUAGCUGAAAGACUUCAUUGCUAAGCAACUGUAUUCAAAAUUAUUUUGAAAAAAACAGACACUUAAAAUUAACUGUGUGGGAAUUCUGAGCGUUGCAACGUCAGAUCUGAUACUAAAUCUUAUUGAGCAAUCCAGACUUACUCUCUGGAGCUGCAAGUGCAAUACAUAUUCCUCUUCUUGUAUAGACCACAGACCCAGCAUUAAGUAGUCAUCUAGCCCAUUUCAGACUUAAACCAACUCUAGACAACCUGACAAAGUCCAGCUUAUCUGUUCAGUUUGACUACUUUUAAAUAAA